CGAAGUUUGACAACCGUCUGCUCCAUCCUGUUCAGCGCUGGUGUGUUCGCUUCGCUUUCCGCUCCAUUCUGCCAGCAUUCGAAGCGUGUCUACCGUGUUUCCCUACUUUAGCUCUCCGGCAGUACAAAACUCACAUUCAGAAUGGCAGAUAACGAGGAUCUUUUAGAUUAUGAGGAGGAGGACCAGACUGAGCAGGUGGUGGCGGAGACCACGGAACAGCCGAAGAAGGACGUGAAGGGUACUUACGUAUCGAUUCACAGCUCCGGUUUCCGUGAUUUUCUGCUGAAGCCUGAAAUUCUGCGCGCCAUUGUCGACUGUGGUUUCGAGCAUCCCUCCGAAGUACAACACGAAUGUAUCCCGCAGGCGGUGCUUGGUAUGGACAUUCUGUGCCAGGCCAAGUCCGGUAUGGGAAAGACGGCCGUGUUUGUGCUUGCCACGCUGCAGCAACUGGAGCCGACCGAGAACGUGCCGUACGUGCUGGUCAUGUGCCACACGCGCGAGCUCGCUUUCCAGAUCAGCAAGGAGUACGAGCGGUUCUGCAAGUACAUGCCCACCAUCAAGGUGGCCGUGUUCUUCGGCGGGCUGCCGAUCCAGAAGGAUGAGGAAGUGCUGAAAACGACGACCCCGCACAUCAUCGUCGGAACACCGGGCCGCGUGCUGGCGCUCAUCCGCAACAAGAAGCUGAACCUGAAGAACUUGAAACAUUUCAUUCUCGACGAGUGCGACAAAAUGCUCGAACAGUUGGAUAUGCGGCGCGACGUCCAGGAGAUUUUCCGUAACACACCCCACGGAAAGCAAGUGAUGAUGUUCUCCGCCACGCUGAGCAAAGAAAUUCGCCCAGUGUGCAAAAAGUUCAUGCAAGAUCCCAUGGAAGUGUAUGUUGACGAUGAAACCAAACUAACUCUGCACGGUUUACAGCAGCACUAUGUGAAGCUGAAGGAAAAUGAAAAGAACAAGAAGCUCUUCGAGCUGCUCGAUGUGUUGGAAUUUAACCAGGUUGUAAUCUUCGUGAAAUCUGUGCAACGUUGCAUGGCGCUGGCGCAGCUGCUGACCGAGCAGAACUUCCCCGCCAUCGGUAUCCACCGGGGCAUGGUGCAGGAGGAGCGCUUGUCGCGGUACCAGCAGUUCAAGGAUUUCCAGAAGCGCAUCCUGGUCGCGACGAACCUGUUCGGCCGCGGUAUGGAUAUCGAGCGUGUGAACAUUGUGUUCAACUACGAUAUGCCGGAAGACUCCGACACCUACCUGCAUCGGGUGGCCCGUGCCGGCCGUUUCGGUACCAAGGGUCUGGCCAUUACCUUCAUCUCGGACGAGGCGGACGCGAAGAUUCUGAACGAUGUGCAGGACCGAUUCGAUGUGAAUAUCAACGAGCUGCCGGACGAAAUCGAUCUCUCCUCGUACAUUGAAGGACGAUAAACCGAGGGAAAAAUAAGCCCCCUGCCACAAUGUGUGUGGUGGGCGCGAGCGCGUUAUCCCAUCGUAUAGUAGUGCAACGUAAAUUAAACGAUACUUUAACUAACCAUUGCUGCGUUGCGGGUGCCAUCCGGCGCUUUGCUAGCAGUUUGAAAUUUUCUGGCAUUUUAAAAACUAUUCCUUAAAUGCUACUAAUAACUAUGAAUAACUUUUGUAAGAAGAUUGAUUAAUUUACCUAUUGGCAAAGAUUUUUUUAAGUAAACUGGUAGCAAAAGCUCACAACAAUAACAACAACAAUAUACAGGCUCAACGAGACACUAAUUCCGUUCAUUUGCCCGCACUACACAAAUCACAAAGUAUUGCAUGAGUUACACCCAAUCGUGUAUGGGCGUUUGGACAUUUUUUCAAAGUGGAAAAGAACUUCUUAUGUUUUUUUAUGUACUGCUACACACUCUAGCUGUGUUUAUUUGGCCACCUAGCAAAGGAAAAGUCCCGUGCAAUCGGGCGGGACCGACUUUCACAACUCUAUUGAUGUUCAAUAGCACUCUAGGAUAAUAGCAGUUGGUAAAACUACUUUUUAGUAAGGCUUGAUAAUUCUAUGUAAUUUUGAGAGAAACAAAACAAAUAAAAAUAAUAACAAUGUAUUUAGUGUGAGGAAACACCAAAA